AUGGGUGCGGGGUGUUGCAAGCCCGAGGCUAUCGACUUCGACGCCGAGGUCAACCUCUUCCACUUCUACCUCCUCCGCAGUGUUGGCAAGGGUGCCUUUGGCAAGGUCCGCGUCGUACAACAUAAGCAGAGUAAAACUCUCUACGCGCUCAAGUACAUCAACAAAGAGAAAUGCGUCAAGAUGAAAGCGGUGGCCAACAUUGUGCAAGAACGGAGGCUUCUGGAAGAGAUUGACCAUCCUUUUGUUGUCAACCUGCGAUACGCGUUCCAGGACGACGAGAACUGCUUCUUUGUGCUCGACUUGAUGCUGGGAGGGGAUCUGAGGUUCCAUCUCGACCGCGCCGGACACAUCUCUGAAGACGUUGUGCGUUUUUACGUCGCUGAGACGGCCAUGGCGAUCGACUACCUGCAUAGCAAGCGGAUUGUGCAUCGCGACAUCAAGCCGGACAACAUUCUUCUCGACGAGCGCGGACACGCCCACAUCACCGACUUCAACAUCGCCGUGCACUUCAGCGAGCGCAAGCCCUUAACUGGUGUCGCCGGCAGCAUGGCGUACAUGGCGCCCGAGGUGCUUUUGAAGCGUGGUUAUUCAGCGCCCGUCGACUUCUGGUCGCUAGGGGUCCUGGCGUUCGAGCUGCUGUUCGUCAAGCGCCCGUUCCGCGGCAAGACGAACAGCGCGCUAACAAAUUCAAUCCUGCACGAGGCGCUACACUGGCCCGACGACGCGUCGGAGCGCUGCUCGAUAGAGGGCAUGCAAGCCAUCCGCGGGUUCCUCGAGCGCGAUCCCACCAAGCGCUUGGGCUAUCGGCCAGGUGGUGGUGGGUUUGAGGACAUCAAGGCGCACCCGUGGUUUGCGGGGAUCGACUGGGACGCGCUGUACAACAAGCAGGUGGUGCCGCCGUUUGAGCCGGAUUCCAAACGUGCGAACUUUGACGCGACUCACGAGCUCGAGGAGCUGUUGCUAGAGGAGAACCCUCUAAAGGCACGCAAGCGCAAGGACAACGCGGACACGGAGUCGAUGAGCCCCGAGAUGCGGAUGAUGGAGGAGCACUUCACCGUCUUCGACUACCAGCGCUCCCAGCGCCGAAGCUACUACCGCCAGCCGUCGUCGUACACGAACUCGGGCUCGACCACAGGCAAGGGCAUGGUCCGCAAGGUAACCACCCCGCCCAGCCGUCCAUAUACGCCGAACAGCGAAGCGGGCGUCGAGGCAAGUAUCAUGGAGGGCGGCGGCAUGGCGCACAUCGGCAGCCGCAGCAUGGGGAUGCAGCUUGACGUGGGAAGUCCAAUGGAGCUGAGCCCCCAGCCCAGUCGGCUAACACAGUGA